AUGUUGCUCGGUUUGUUACACGAUGAUUUAGAAAAAGAUCACGAUUUUUCUGGUUCCGGUUUUGGUCCCGAUGACGAGGAUUCUGAUAGUGAUUAUCAUCACAAUACGCAUAAACAUCAAACGGGUAAAUCAAAUAUAAAUAAGAAUAUUGAUGACAACGAUUUCAUAACCACAAGUAGAAAUAAUCAAAAUCAAAACAAUAUUCAUCAAACAUCAUCAAAUAGCGGCAUCAAUAAUAAUAACAAUAAUCAAGGGAAUACAGGCUUCAUCAGUUCCGGUGGUAGUUCGGCAACAAGUGGUAACACUGGCCUUAAUACAAUCGAAACAAAUAAUCAUAAAAAACAAUUCAAUUCCUCUAUUUCAUAUCCUUCCACACCAAAUGAUUCUAAUACCAACACAACAACUACUACUACCACUAUUUCCCAUCACCAAUAUCACAACAAUAAUCAUACAAUCCAAAAACAACAAAUACACACACCUAUUACACAACACCAACAAAACACUUCCCAUAUUGUUCCCUAUUUCCCAGACAAAAACAACAACAACCAGCAAAAUCAUGGCAAAAUUGUACCACCACCCCCCAUUCACCAUCACGAUGAUGAUGAUUUCAAUAUUGAGGAAGAAGAAGAGGGUCGCAUUUUAGCUGGCAGCGGUGAUGGCGGUCUCAUUGAUCGUGGUAACGACAAUGAUGACGAUGAUCAUACUGGCGAUGUCGAUGAAGAUACAGGUGAUGAACUGCCCGAUAUUACAAAAUAUCAACACGGCAUCUUUGAUUCAGCCGCUCCGCCCAAAACGGAUCAAGAACAUUCCAAAACCCACGAUAAUGAUGAUGAUGAUUUCGAAGAGGAGGAAGAUUUCGAUCAUAAUCAACCAAUUGAUCAUGAUGAUGAUGAUGAGGACGAUCAUGUCGACAAAACACAUUCCGAAGAUGAUGGCACUGAAAUUUAUACCGAUAAUACUGAUGAAUCUAGCACAGGAUCGUCAUCAUCAUCUACUACCGAAAAACGACCUGGUGGCAUUAAUACUCAAGGAGGCACCAAUAUACACGAUUUGGAUACAAACAGCAUCAACAGUUUGCCACCAGAGACUAAAAUAAUCGAACAGACCACAGGCAACGAAGUUUUAAUCAUGAAUGCCAACGAUGACGAUAGAACGGCGAGCUUCUUUGCUCAACCAGGCAUUUUAGCGGGUAUGUAA